GCUAGCUCAGUGUACCCUAGUGUAAUUACAAACAAGCUUGGUCCUGCUAGUGAAGUGAAUCGGUCCAACGAAUGGAAAAUGAUUUCUAACGUGGCGGGCAGUAGUGAAACGAAACGCCAUCUGCGGAAAACACCUCUGCAACCAUUGUGGUGUAAUCUCGUAAACAUGAACAAGCACACUAAAACGAUGCCUCUGAAAAAACUGAUCCCCCAUGGUACUAUUUGCUUAUUGCUUGUAUACGGAGCCAGCACAGUUAUGAGUCCAGUUGCAGCAUCUUCACUUUCGCUGUGUGACGGCGGCCAUACAUGUCUGCCGCCCAAGGAAUGCUGUGCGAAAGGAUGCUGCUACUUGUAUGCACCACCGGGUGGAGCCCCUCGAGUACCCGUUGCCGCUGCUGACCAUGUUUUGAAUAUGUUUUUCGUGAACCACUGGUAUUUCUGGUGUUUUAUGUUAGCCAUUAUGUUGGCACUGCUGUGUGCGUGCUCGCUGUGGAGGAAGAGACGGCAGCUGUGCGGUUGGGAAACUUCUGGGCGCCACUCGCAGUCCGAAGGGGACUCGGCUGGUUCAUGCUACGCACCGCCACAGUACAGUCGCUGCAACUCCUUCCAUAUCCACGCACCACCACCAUACAUGGAGGUGGCAUCCAAACCGGAUCUUUACCCGCUCGUGUUCAGCUAUGCUGACCAUGGUAAAGGGAAUGGCGCCAACUACCUGAUGGUGCAGUACUUCCGAAAUUACCUGAUGCAGCCGCUUGGAUCAAUGUCCGGAACCAGCACUGUCGAUUCACUUAGUUCCAGCUUCAUCUGCAACGCCAACGAGGCCAAUACGCUAGUGCCUCCGCCUUACUCUCGCGCGGCUAGUCCGGAUAUGAUGCCAGCUUCGGCUCGGAAUUGCUCUCUUCAACGGUCAGCAUCCCAGCAAAUAUGUGCAGCACAGGAGGGAAUGGUCGGUAAUCAAUCCGCUCCGGCACACGUACAGUAUACACGCGACGAAGAAUCGGAACACGCGGCAUCCGAACAGAACCAUACACUGUCCAGGGACCAACCCAGCGAAGAAAUGCUGCCUGACAGUUCGAUCUCUAUCAACAACAGCCUGAGCUGUAGUAACGUUUGCCACAGUGAGCCCGUUAUUGUACAGAGGGCCGCACACUAUCGGCAUGCUUCGAUCGACCGUCUGGGUGCUAAGGAAUCGGCUUCACAAGGCGUUUUGGAGUCGUCAGGAACCAUGUUCAGUCGUAUGUCGGAUCAGGGUGAAAUGGUCGAACCCAGCAGCAGAAAGCCAUCGUAUCAUCCGCAGCCAAUGAACCGAACCGUGUCGUACCCUUCGCCACCAACCAAUUCCUUAGGCUCCUUCGAAAAGCGCGCUGUCAUCGGUGGUGGUGGAUCACAUCUGGGUCACUACAGCAGCUGUUUGGAUAACGCUCACGAUUCGCAUGCUUUGAACAACAGGCGAGGCAAUCUGGCGCAGCGACACGAUGUGAUAUGUAAACUUUGUAACCUAAUGGGAAACAUGACCGGCAGCGUACCGGUGGAACUGUUUCGCCAACUACAACCGGAGCGUCCCGUACAACGAAAGAGUAUCGAAACCGGCGGCGAUAUGCUGGCGACGCAAAGGAAUAAUGCUGCCCAGCAAUAUAUACUGCAGCCGCAUCAGUGUCCACAGCAACAGAGAAGUCAACAGAGCCAGCAGUAUCAACAAAAAAAUAUUUUAGAGUUUUCUGGGAACAGCGAUGAUUCCAUGAUGAUCGAGGAUAACGGAGAAAAAACGGAGGCCCAGAUGAGAAGCUCGUGUAUCGGGUCGUGCACCGGAUCCAACGUGUCCAGUUUGCUGAACAUCGAUUCGCUACACUCACCACCGCGUGCUACGAGCCCAACAGCGGAAGUGCGCGAGCUGUUGGAGCAGAUACGCCAGUUGCACGACGGCAAUCAGCAACAACGGCACACGGAGAGCCACUCGCAGGAUCAGGGUGCUACCGUUCCGGCGAUGUCUUCUCCUCCUACGAGUGACGAGGUGCACGAUAAUGCCCCACUGCCAACCAACCGGCGGCCUUCUUCCUUGAUUAGCAAACGAAGCAAGCUGUUUAACAAAUAUGGUGUACAGUGUGCACCAUCGGUGGCCAGUGGAGGCUGUAGCCGAGCAAUGUACAUACCUAUUGCAUCGACAUCGAAUGCGUAUAUAGCAACACCGGCGGCCGUGCGGUGCCACCUUCGCAGCCCAUCAUCGAUGUCCACAGCGGCUACCAGCUUUCUUAGCCGUGGCCGUAGUCGUUACAGUUGGAUGUCUAAGUCCGCACCGACAACACCGGGUACGGUUGCUCCUGGUGGUGCCGGACCGGCAGCGUUGGGCGAUCACAGCCCGCUACUCCUGAACGAACAGGACGAGGAUGGUGAACAAAAUAUGUAAGACAGACAAACCGUAGUGUGCAGCGAAGACGCAAGACAAGCAAACAAGAUUUACUUAUCCUUUAUUCAUUAGUAUCAAUCGCAUAAAAUCCAGUAAACAAUUUAGGUGUUGAGAUUAUAUUCAAUUCUCGUACAUAGCUAGCACGCGUAAAAGGACGGCAUAGUAAUGACGAAUGGAAUGGUGUAGUUUUGCUUACAACAGGAUUUCGUUGUACAUACACACAAGUCGGACACAGCCUAUACAGUAAACAAAAAGAAAACAAAGAAAAAAAAACAAUGAAAACUAAAGAAUCCAAAUAUGAAUGGGAACAUCGCCUCGAAACGGCGAGAGUAUAGUUUUCCUUAGAUGUUCUGGU